AUGUUAUGGGAACUUUUCAUCAAGUCGAUGCUCGCCGUCUGUUUUGGCAUGCGGAUAUUCUUUUCAACUGUGGGAAUAUCAUUUCCUCCAUCCGUGGCAUGUAUGAUCAUCUUCUUCAUUCUGCUGCUAUGCUCCGAAGCUCUGCUAGGUACGCGUCCAACGAACGCCGUCGUGGGGCUUAUCAAGGGAGAUUGGGCAUUGAAAUUGAUUAACAAUUUCUUCGCUCCUGCAUUUAUAAUGUUUCCUACCAGUCCUCCAAUUGCCAUUUCUGAGGUGAUGAAGAUCAUCGCCGUAUUCUGUGAGUCGAUUCAACAACAAGCACCAGGAUUACCUCUAAUAGCGAAUUUAACUCAAGGGCUUCGCUGGAUUCUUCACUACUUUCAGCGAGCUCCUGAAAUGCGAAGAGACGAAGACAUUGAGGAGCCUUUAAGAAGUUCCGCCUGUCCAAGACUUUCGACCUAA